CGUUGCUGUUCACACCAUACGAGAUGUUGGCAAUGAAUGCUGACUGGUGGAUUUUCCCUUUCGCCUUGUGCUUUAUUUGUGUGUCUUCAAAUGAAGAGCCGAACUUUGAGAACUCCUGUGUGCAGGAUCCGGAUGUUUGUAAGACGGACACACUCAGCGUUCAGCUUGGCUCCUCUGUGUUCCUCCAAUGCAACUUUUCAACACGCAGCCUCGACUGGGUGUCAUGGACCCAAACUCCAGGGGUGGACCUGGUCCAUCUCACAUCUAAGGGUCGUAUUAGGUUCCUCGACCACAGGUACGGUCGGGUGAAAGCCUUUCCAAACCAGGGCUCAGAGGGGAACUACUCCAUCUGCAUCGAUGAGCUGGGCUCCUCUGACCUGGGGUGUUACCGCUGUGAGCAGGGACACUACUGUCAUCAAGUGGUGUUGGUUGACGAAGCUGGAGGCGGUGCCCUGAGAGAAGAGAUGAGGCUCCUGAUUUACAUCUGUGUUGCUGUGGCUGCUUUGAUCCUGCUGGGCUUUGGUAGCUACUGCUGCAUGAAGUGCAUAAUGUGCUGUAAAACGAAAACACUGGACAUUACAAACAAUCCUGAAGGUGCAGCAACUGAGGGUGCCAGUGCUCCACCAAUCAGAGUGCCAAUGGAUCAACUGCAGCACGGUGUCACUAUACACACUGUGUUUCCUUUCCCCACAGGAGCGGGCUGUGAUAAUCUUGUUUAUGAAAAUGAUGACCAAGGCCCAUCCAACCAGCAGAAUGACUCCAGAAAUUAUUGCGAUCCAGUACCAGGAGUUCUGCCUGAUCCCGCUCAGAGCACCAGCGGGAUUUAUCCAAACUUGAACCAGUUUGCGAGGACGGAAAGUCACAGAACAAAACAAGGAUUUCACAGAGAACUCUUCAGCAGAUUACGGCAAGCAAGUCUCAGUCGGCAUUUUUAUGUUAACCAAGGUGAAAUCAGCAAGCAGCAAGCCAUGUCAACUCAGGCGAAGAAUCAACGCAAAGCUGGUUUGGGAAAGAAGAAAACCAAAGAAACUUGUGACUACAAAAACCCGAUUUACAACAGGAGCACAGACCAGCUCAACCGCCUGUAAAGAACCAAGGAGGCUUUAAACAGCUGUCGAGAUCUUUCCAGUAUCAAUCAUCCUUUCCUAUGACAUUUAUUGAUUGCUAAUUUUACAUUUUAAACUUGAUACAUGUUUUACUGUAUGUGUUUGCUGUAUAAUUGUUUUGUAUUUUAUAUGCAUCUAUUAAACAAUGAGUGAUUUCUGUUUGGUAAAGUUCAUUAAAUAAAGAUUAUCA